AUGGCGGAGGAUACGGCCGCCAGCACAGAGUCCCGGUCGUGGUUUCCAGCGAUCCCGCAGCCCGUCAAGCGCGUCUUCGACCAGUUCCCGCUGGUGACAUAUCCGCCCAACGCAGCGCCGGCGAGGUCGACGGGCACGACGGGCACGACGGACAAGCCAGACGAGCACCGGCUGUACAUAUUCGCCAGUCCGCAGGCUGCCAGAAAGGGGAGACCGUCGGUGAACCCGCAGUGUCUCAAGUGGCAGGCCUAUCUCAAGUUUUCGGGCAUACGAUUCCGCACGAUUCCUUCCAAUAACCAUGCGUCUCCCAACGGGGCCCUGCCGUUUCUCCUCCCCGCAUCCGCAGGCAAUCCGGGGACAGACGACGCCCUCCCGGUGCCGUCGAAUAGGCUGCAGAGAUGGGCGGACGAGCAGGCGCAUGUCGACCAGGGAGAGGCCGCCAGCAUGCGGGAGGAGGUGUACACGUCGCUGCUGGACCACAGGAUACGUGAUGCCUGGCUGUAUACCGUCUACCUGGAUAGCUCCAACUUCGGCUCCAUCGCGAGAAGAGCGUACGUAGAACCCUCGACGAACAACUCGAUAGUGCGGACGGUGCUGGCAUGCCAACUUCAGGAGGCCGCCAGGAGCCAGCUGCUACGGACGUCCACCUACAUCGACGUCGACGACAUACUCGCCGAGGCAAAGAACGCCUUCGAGGCCCUCUCUGUCCUGCUGGGUAGCGACAGCUACUUCUUCGGCAGGGCCAAACCGGGCCUGUUCGACGCCAGCGUCUUUGCCUAUGUCCAUCUCAUACUCGACCAGAAGCUGGGAUGGAACCACAACCCGCUGGCAACCUACCUGGACGGACACGAUAACCUCUUACAACACCAUGAACGUCUCUUCAAUACGUAUUUCUAA